UGUGACUGGAUACCCCAGUCAGAUAAAGUCAGAAGUAGGCAGCAAACUGAUGAGGACCCAUGACAGAAAUCACUGCAUUCAUCUGAAAACAUGACAAAGCGGGAGACGAAGACGGCAUAAACAGUUCUUCUCCGUGUUUGACAUAAUUGCCAUGGCUAACAAUGAGCCAACAGAAACGACAGCUCUGCUGGCCGAUUGCCAGCCACCAGAACCAGAUGUGGAGACUGAAACACUCCUGGGAAAUGUUCGGUCUGGAAUCUCAAAAACCAGGAAAAAAGAAAUACCCGAGCCGAUUGCCUCCCUGACAUCACCGGCAUCUAUAGAGGUGGAGAUUGAUAAUGGAGAGGGUCUGUACAUCACACAGAGUCUUAGUAGUCUACAGAACAGUGGCAAGACUCCUGUUAAUCUAAGAACAUCGAAUCUCGCCAGUUUAAUGCAUCUACUAAAGGGAAACAUAGGGACCGGAGUUCUGGCCAUGCCGUCUGCUUGUAAAUAUGCCGGGCUAUGGGCGGGACCUAUUGGCGUUUUGGUGAUAGGAUUUAUAGCCACACACUGUAUGCACAUGUUGGUUAACUGUAGUCGAAGGCUGUGUAAAAGAUCAGAAGGGCUUUCUGCUCUUGGGUACGCUGAGAUUCUAGAGGAAAGCAUGAGAACGGGACCACGCAGAUUACAGAGGUUUCACAGACAUGGAAGGUAUACCAUCAACGGUUUCCUACUUCUCACGCAGUUUGGAUUUUGUUGUGUCUACAUUUUAUUUGUUGCACAAAAUGUUCGCCAGGUGAUAGAUUCAUUCCACCCUGAUGGUCCGGACGUGAAAAUUUACCUCCUGGUGUCAGCAGGAUUACUUAUACCAUACUCCUUUGUAAAGAACUUGAAACACCUGGCACCAUUUUCCACAUUUGCCAACCUGCUGGUGAUCAUCGGUCUUGUGAUAGUGUUCCAGGAGCUUGUUCAGGGCCUCCCUGAUAUCAGUGUUCGCCCUGCUAUAACGCCAGUGGACAAACUUCCUCUCUACUUUGGGACGGCUAUGUUUGCCUUCGAGGCCAUUGGUCUGGUGAUGCCAAUAGAAAACAAGAUGCGACACCCUGAGGACUUUGGAGGCUUUGCUGGUAUCCUUAACCUUGGGAUGACCUUUGUUGUCUGUCUAUAUACAGCAAUGGGUUUCUAUGGUUACCUCAAAUAUGGCGAUAAAGCAGCAGGCAGUAUUACCCUGAACUUACCUAGUAAAAAUUGGUUGUUUAUAUCGGUGAAUCUGAUGUAUGCGGUAGCCAUAUUUAUUUCAUAUGGUCUACAGCUCUAUGUUGUCAUCCGUAUAAUAUGGCCAGUAAUAGAAGCAAAGAUCAGCUCAAGGAAAACGAAGAUUGUAUCGGAGUACAUCUUUAGGAUGGCAUUGGUGCUCGCAACAGCUGGAAUAGCAAUGGUGGUUCCCCAUCUGGACCUUAUGAUAUCAUUGGUCGGCUCGCUAGCCAGCAGCUCCCUAGCGCUGAUGUUUCCCCCUCUCAUCGAGAUCAUCACAUACUCGGCAGAAGGAGAGCAUCUCUCUGCCUUCACAGUGAUAAAGAAUACCCUCAUCAUCUUGUUGGGAGUCAUUGGGUUUGCCACUGGUACGUUUGCUGCCAUGAAUGAAAUUAUAAAGACAUUUACUGCCACCCCAGGUGGUAAUGCAGGCUUGAAUGCGACUCUGAUGGCCGGAUUUGAUAUAUCCCAAACCUACAGCUGAUCGUAAUUGUAUGGUGCUUUAUUUAUCUGUGAUAAUAGCUUUAUUUCCGUUCAUUCCCUGCACUUUUACACUGGUUUAACAGUCAAUGAUUUGUACUUAGUAAGCUCUUUUUCCGUCUAACAGAAGAGUUUGAAGUGAUGUUGGAAAACUAUUGUUUUUUGAGGGGCAUGUAUCCUUAAGUAUUAAGGAAUUUUGCCUAGAUUAAUCCCUAGCUUACUAUUUAUUGCUCACAAUUCGUAAAUGAAUUCCACAUUUUCACAGAGAGAGAUAUUGCAAUGAAAUGUAGUUCCAUUGAACACUGUAGUUAUAGCAUUGUGUUCAUAUCUAUCCCUGAGAAGGAGCGUUUCGUACAAUGGCUAUCAUUUUAGUGCAGCAGUAUAAUGUGCAAUUGUUAUUCUGUAAGAUUUGAACGUUGAAAUGUAGCAACGUCUCCCUUAUACAAAAUUGAUAAUGUUGUGUGUACAUUGUAUAAACACAUGAAAAUCUGGCUUGCAAAUAAGCUUUCUCCAAACUUCAGAACUAAACUUUUGUAAUAGGGGAGGAGGUUUAUUUGAAGAUAAAUACAGUUAUAUUGUUUAUAGAUGUUUAAUCAUAAUAUUUCCACAAGAGUGUUUUUUUUUAUCUCUAAAUUAUACCUGGACUCAAUAGAAAGCAGUUGAAAUGAAAAGUUUUGCAUACCUAAACAAAAUUUUAAAACCAGACAUUUAAUUUUUUAAAUGAAGAAAUAACCGAGUUAAAAAUGGGAGCUCAAAAACAAGCGCAGUCAGCUACAAUGACAAUAAUAUUGUACCAGAUAUCAUAUACAUGUACUGACCAAGGAAGAUAGGAUUACCUCCCCUCUCUAAAAGUUUUCACCGCUGGGCUGGUCAGUAAUGUGAUGUUGAUCACCAGUUUUACCCUAUAUACUAAGUUUCCCCAUGAUAAUAUCGAUGAAAACGCUUAACAUUCUGAAGGCGUCUGGUGUGAUAAAAUAUAUAAUGAUAUACAAAGAAAUGUAUCUAUCAGGUGUCCUUAUAUAAUACAAUAUUGAGGUCUGUGUUUGUGGCCAUCCUUGAAUAACCUUAGCUGUUGAUAGGAUAUUAAACAAUACAUAAUUAAUAUGAUAGAAGUAAUAUGACACAACCAAUAUGAUAUUUAAGAGUGUGACGUUUUGAUGGCUACACUGUCACCUUCAACAGUCUUAUCAGUCUGUCAGUCAGAUUAGUCUGAUGAAGGUGACAGUGUAGUCAUCGAAACGUCACACUCUUAAAUGUCAUAUUGGUUGUGUCAUAUAACUUCUAUCAAUUUUUUUGUAACUUAUAUAACUUCUAUCAUAUUUACUUUACCAACCUGAAGUAAAUGUUCCAGAAUACAUAACUAAAUCUGUGUUUAUGCCAAAAUAUCAUAUCAUACCAUAAAGUGUCUUUUUCAUUCCUGUGGAAUAUAUUUUAUCAUUUGUAUAUAAAGAAUCAUUGGCAAACAAAUAUAUCAUAUUGUUUUCAUAGUACUUUGACUAUUAAAGUCUUUGUUAUUAAGAAUAUUGAAACAAAAACGUAUCAAUAAUAGGGCUCCCUCGGUUAAUGUUGAUAACAUUUUAUAACAUGGAUAAUAGGGUCGUCUUCCAUUGUACAGGAAAUAUCAAGGGGAAGCAACUCAUUCAUGAGAAGUCUCAGAACUUUUAAACAUUUAUCUUUACCAAAAAACAAUACUGUAUCUUUCAUUUGAAUACACACAGUUAAGUUUUGAUUUCAGUUAAAUUCUUUCUAUACUGAAUUAAGUGAUCAGUCUACUUCCUGUUGUGAGAAGCUGAGCCAUGUUUUAUAUUGGAAAGUAAUAAUGAUGAUCCUUGUAAAGGUUUGAGUGGUUAUUUUGUAGAGUUCAAGGUUAUAAGUGUAUUUGAAUGUAAAAUGUAUACUAAUGUCCAGUAGCAUUUCAAAGUAACAUUUUCCAAUACCUGGUAUAUGAAUUUUUUCCUACAAAAUAUGUAACCGAAGAAUACAUUCCAAAUUAUAUAGUUUAUUUGAAUUGUUUAUCCAUGUAAAUACACUGUAUUUUACUUUGUUGUUAUUUAUCUUUUGUUCUGAAAAACACAUUUACUAUUUUGAGAUUCAAAGUCAUAAUGUUGAUCAAGAGUGGUUGAUCAAAGUAUAAUUUCAAAUCUGUUUUAUCAGAGCCCUAUAAUAUUACACUGUCAAAACUGAAAAUAGUCAAAGUGAGCCAAAUUGGUCUUAAUAGACAGUUGGUCGUAUAAGAUAAACUCUACAGGUCAGUAUAGACAGGUGACCAGAUUAGUCAGGCUCUAUGUAAGGCUUAUUGUCUUUAUAUAUAGGUUUAAAUGUACAUUUUGUUUGGAUUUAUUUUAGUCGUUUACAAAACGUCCUCAAGUUUAAUUAGGGGCAUACUUGUCCCCUUCUGCUAAAUGCUUUGGAUCUUUGAGCUGCUUUUAGUUGAAUAUAAAUUGUUAAUGUGUUACAUUUUUAUUAAUUUUUGUCUGUUGACAAUCUGACUUUAGUUUUGUUUGUUCAACUGUCUGAAGGACAAUUGAGCUUUUGCCAUGGUAUGAUGUCUGUCUAGUGACAGCUUUACCUUUAAUGACUUCUUCUCCAUUACCAAGAGGUCCAGAGACCUGAUACUGAGCCUGUUGUAUGCUGGGGUGAAGAACUACCAAGUCUGUUUGAAUUAAUGACCUUGACCUUCAUUCAAGGCCACAGGGGUCAAAUUGGCCUAAGUCCUUAAAUAAUUUUUCUCAAUGACCAAGAGACACUGAAACCUGUUAUUGAACCAGUACAUUUUAGUAUAAUGAAAUGAAAGGCUAUAAAAUUGAUUUAAAUGAAUCUACCUAGCCUAUUCUGACAUUUGAAUAAUGUGGUAAUCUGCUUAGUAUGCAUAAAUGACCUGGAUCAACUUCAAAGUUGUAUUAGAAGCAGGUGAGCGAUACAGGCUCAGUUGGCCUCUUGUUUUGAUAGCACUACCUUUAUCUCUUCUUUUGAAAUAAAGAAGUAACACUUUAAAUUGAAAAUGUUAACUGAUGGUAGGUACUCAUUAUUAUCAUUCCCUUCAAGAAUGUCACAUCAUCUUCAUUGCCUUGUUGUAAACAUACAAAUGAAUCUGAAAUUCCUUCAAGACAUUUGGGGCAAAGGGAUUGUAUUAAUAUACAAUUAAAAAAAAAAAAAUAAACAGAGUUUUAGUGAGUCCUAACCAUGGACUUUAAGCAACUUAAUUUGAUUUGAUUUAUUUUCUAUAUAAAUAAUUAUGAAAAUGUUUUUCAAGAGAUACGUACAUGUCUUGUAGUUUUAUUAAAAUGUGAAUUCCAAUACAAAGUUUCUAAAUUUUGAUUGGAGGUAUUCACAAUAAUACAUUGUUUUGUCUAUAUUCAUUUUAUCAUGAAUUAUGAAAUUGAUUUUAUAUUUAAAAAAGAUCACCAAAUUGGUGUUAAACUGCAUACAUAUGUUUGUGAAUAUUGCAAUAUACAUUUUAUUAUAUUUCAUUAAGUUAGAAUUUUAACUUAUAUUGAAUAUGUUUCUUACCUAGGUUUUAUCUGACAAUAAUGGUAUAUCUUCCAUUGUUAAAGUUGGUUACCACCAAGGCCAAUUACAAUUUCCCAAUUAAAUGGCACAAAUUUAGGAAUGUCUUUAUGUCUAAUUAAUUUGAAAGCUUUGUUCUUGUCAAGCUGGACAUCAGACUGUCCAAUAAAGUCAAUGUAAGAAGGAAUUAAAAUCUGGAGGAAAAAUGUAUUUAUGUGUGAUAUUUGAUAAUUUCCCGAUAAAUUAUUACACAGGUGGUGACCACCUUUAACUUAUUGUUGCCAUACACUUACUGAUUAUGUACUGUUAAGUGGUUAUAUACACAGGGUCCAGUUAUGUAAAUUAUGGUUUGUUUCAUAACGUCUGUGGUAUAUAUGUAAAUUAUGGUCUGUUUCAUAAUGUCUGUGGUAUAUACACAGGGUCCAGUUAUGUAAAUUAUGGUCUGUUUCAUAAUGUCUGUGGUAUAUAUGUAAAUUAUGGUCUGUUUCAUAAUGUCUGUGGUAUAUACACAGGGUCCAGUUAUGUAAAUUAUGGUCUGUUUCAUAAUGUCUGUGGUAUAUAUGUAAAUUAUGGUCUGCUCCAUAUUGUCUGUGGUAUAUACCUCCUAGCUUUUGGUAAAGCCAUUAAAUUGGAUCCAAAGACAAAAUUAUCUUUAUAGUAUACAAUUACAUUUUUACCUCACUUUAUAUUUUUUCAAGUUUUCAAUAUUCCUUAGCAAAUUGUCCUAUGUCAAUUUUGUUUUUUUCUGUAUAAAGCUGUAUAAACACUGUUUCUAACUACAAUCCACUCACCUGUAAAAACCACCUCUAUGAGGAGAGGUCAUGCACCUCAAUAUAAAGACCACUUAGUCCCCUAUUGCAGUUAUUUCAGGUGAAGUGAACCUGUAUUAUGGGACCACAUUAAUAAGCCACCAACUUAUAGACAUAUGGUCACAGAUUACAGAUCUGAAGGAAACAAUCAGAAUAGCAAAAUACCUGAGUGAAAUACCUGGUAUUGGAUCCAAAAGUCUAUAUUUAUGGUUGAAUUUAACCAAUUUUGAGUUUUGAUAUCAGGAAUGUUGCUUCCAGUACAGAAUUGAAAGAAGUAUAUAUCAAAAUCCACCUAGUCAGUUGACAUCUGUAAAUAUCACAUGAUUAACAAAUCCUCAGCUGAUCUCCUCUUCAUCAUCGACAUACAUGCAAGACUUCACGAACUUGGUAGAUAAUAUAGUGGUUCCAGGGGCGAAACUCUCAAUUAGAUAUCAUUGUACGAGAUUGCUGGAAUCUCGAAGGUGGUAUUACAGGGAGAUUUCUCUAAUUAGUACAAUGAUUGAACUAUCUAUUUGUAAGUAGGAAUAUUGAGGUUUUGGUAGGAAAUUCGAGUUAUUGGUAAAAUAUUUAGUUUUUGGUAGAUUUUAAUCAUUAGUGUUCUUUACCAGAACUGACUAAUGGAAUUAAUUUGCUUUAGUUCCUUAUAUUGGGUUCAGAUAGGUAUGUCACUCGGACAGGCUUAAAAUCUGUAGGUCCGACGUUAGAAGUCUCUCGGACAGGCUUAAAAUCUGUAGGUCCGACGUUAGAAGUCUCUCCGACGUUAGAAGUCUCUCGGACAGGCUUAAAAUCUGUAGGUCCGACGUUAGAAGUCUCUCGGACAGGCUUCAAAUCUGUAGGUCCCAUAACAGAAGUCCCUCUGACAGAAUGCAAAUCUGUAGGUCCUUUGAUUCCAUUAGUAAAUGAAGCACCUUUUCAUACUUAAAUAAGAAUAGUUUUUAUCUGGCACCGGUUUAUGGUAAUUUAAUCGUUUUAUAUCAUAUAAAGAUCAGGUUAAGCUUAUCCAGACCUGAUAUAUAUGUUUUGGGACAACUAUAGAAUAUUUUAUACAUUUGUAUAUUACAAAUGUUAUAGCAUGUUUAUAUUGAUUUCAAAUGACAUCAUUUUCCACAUUUAUUCAGAUCAGUUUUUUCUAAAUUUGCAUUUAGACUUCUCUGGUGAAGGUUUGAAUCUUCCAUUACUUUUAGAGAGAAUAUUCCAAAAUUUCUUUUGCACUGACUACAUUGAAUUCCAUGGGUACCUGGCACCUUGUGGUAGUAACAUUGAAUACUGGUAUAGGGAGAACAAGAUAAACAUACACACAUGUUGUAUACUACUAUCAACUCAGUAUAGUGAGCACAGCACCUGUCGGUAUUGGGUGUACAUUUCAUUUGGAACUAUUUAUUAGUCCCCUACCGGUGAAACCAGGGAGACCAUAGGUUUCCUCCCGAUCCUCCUGUCUGUCUGUCUGUCUGUCUGUCCACUCAUUUUUCUGCAAUUUUCUCAUCCAUCUUCAAGGUAUGUUGGUGAAAGUUGGUGUGUAACUUCAGUAUGAGUAACUACAGAUCAAGUUCAAGUUUCAGGGUCUUUGGGUCAAGGUCACUGUUACUUCUAGCCGGUAGGGGACAUGUAUUGCUUUAGCAAUACCCAGCAUGCUUGUUCAUUAAUUUUUUGAGAUUAAUCUAACUUGAUUUUAAAAUGUGUGGCAUUGUCUCUUCACCAAUUGUUUAAAAUGAAUUUAACCAUUGUUGCAUCCCUCGCCACUGUUUAAAACUACAUAACAAUAUGUAUACAUUGUAUUGCCAUUUUGUUCAAGUGUGAAAAGAAUAUUGGGCAAAUAUUACUUGUUUGAAAAAUAUACAAGUAUGAUACCUUGUAUACAAUGUAAUAUUACAAAAAAAUAAAAUUAUUAUACUAUGA